AAAAAUGUCCGGAUUUGUUAGUUGCGGCAUAUGCACCCCCCUCCCCCCCGCUAUUUAUCAUUAUUAGUAAGUCCGCUUCUGACGCGAACAGCUGGGUGACUCAAGAGCGCUUGCAAAAAAAAAAAAAAAACAACCUUGUAAAAAUUCAACAACAAACCAGCUUUCUAUAAAUCACCCGUCGCCGCCUUCGGCCCUCCCCAACCGGCUGGGAAAAAUCCUCCGGGCUUCGUGUCAAUCUGGUUCCCCCCCCCCCGCUUCCCUGAAGAGCGAGAGGCGAGAGUGUGUGUGUUUUGACGUUUAUUUUCACGAGGAGGUUGUUCUCAGUUGUGUAUUGGAGAAAACCUGCGCUUCAAACAAGGCUGGAAGCACCCAGUCUUAAAGGCAAACGGAAAAAGAAGAGCGUUCCCAUGGCUGACAGUGAAUUCCAGGAGAUGCCAGGUGUGACCCCAGAGGAGGAGCAUCAGGACAACCUGGAGAAGCUGGAACAAGUGGUAUCUCCAGCUGUCAAGCAGGAUGAAGCUGAGCAGAAACCUCUUGAAGAGGAUUCUGGAGAUGAGGAGAUGCUGAGCAGUGAGAAGGAAGAGGAGCAGACGUUCCUGGUCAACCUCUACAAGUUCAUGAAAGAGCGUCAUACGCCAAUUGAGAGGGUGCCUCAUCUUGGCUUUAAGCAAAUUAAUCUGUUUAAAAUCUACAAAGCUGUGGAAAAACUUGGCGCCUAUGAACUGGUCACCGGAAGACGUCUUUGGAAAAAUGUUUACGACAUGUUGGGAGGCAGCCCAGGAAGUACCAGUGCUGCCACUUGCACCCGGCGACAUUACGAGAGGCUGGUCCUGCCGUACGUCCGACACCUGAAGGGGGAGGAUGACAAGCCGCUGCCCCCAAUCAAGCCUCGAAAACAGUACAAGAUCUCCAAGGAGCCGAAGGGGGAUCACAUGGUGGAGAAGAAGAGAAUGAAGAAAGAGAAGAUGAGAGAUCCAAGUUUGCCGGAGAAAGUGAGGCCGGACGUUGCCUUGAUCCCCAAACCUCCCAAUGGCACUGAGCCGAAUCAGUCCCGGGAUCAAACCGAGGGGCGCCGCUCCCUUCCGAACAGCCGAGAGAUAGCCGAGACUCAGCCCACCGGCAGCUGCCUUGGGAACUGUCGAUCCCAUGGCUGCUCUGAAGCCUACACCCGUCUCUUCUCCAGCUUCUACUUCAAGGGGAACAAUGGCAUCAUGUCUCCCUUGGCGAAGAAGAAGCUGCUGGCGCAGGUGAGCCAGGAUGAAUGUUUGUAUGCUCAUGAGAAGAAGCAUCUCAGCCACUGUCCUGAAUACAAGAAGAUCAGGAUCCGGGAAAUGUCAGGCUUGGACUCCGAGGUUGGUCAUCCCCAGAAAGAGGCCCCAAAGACAGGAGCAGAGGUGAACGGCUCCAGCAGUCCUCCAGGUCCUUCCCAGGUUGGAAAAACCAAUAAAGGUUUGAUGAAGGCUCCUCCAGGGUUCAGGGAGGGAGCAGGGUCCAUGAAUGCCGAGGAGGAAAGCUCUGGAGCUCACCUGUCUACUGGGCCACCUGCCUUUCAUGGCUAUUUCCACACCUCCAGCAGCACCAUCUUGAAACCCAUCAGUGGCCUUCGAGGACCGGUGGAAUAUUAUCCCAGCUUGAAGGAUCUCCCUGUGACUUCUCCAGCCUAUUCUAAGCCUGGAAAAGAGGCCCUGGUGGCACCUGGGUUUCAGAAGAAGCAGGAGAGCUUGGAAGACCAACCGGAAGAUCUCCGCAGGAAGUCAGGUCAACCUUGGAAAGUGGACCAUCAGCACUCUUCUGCCUUCCAGGCUAGUACCCUGAGCAGCAAGGCAGGCUCUCCCCCAUUUCAACCGGUCAAAGCCUCCUGGGCUCCACCUGCGGUCAACCUGGCAAAGGUCAGUCCACAGGUCUCCAAGAACGGAGGGCUGUCGGUGUCUGCAGGCCAGGCGAGCAUCACCGUACAGAAGAAAAGAGCCUCGGAGGAGGACUAUUUCCUGCAUGGCAAAAAGCUCAAGGCGGUGUCUCCCUUCAUCAAGGAGGUGGACCCAAACAGCGGCCUGGAUCGGGGAACGUCUCCCAGCGGGCAGCCAGGGAUAGCAAAGCCUAAGGCAACGGUGGCAGGGUCUGGAUUUCCACAUGCCCACAUGCCUCAGAUCCAGGACAUGUACAAGGGCACCAUGCUGAGAUUGCCCGUUAACUUUAGCGGCAGCCCAGGAGAGCAUCUCAAGGAACAGGCCCCUUCGCUGAUCCAGUCUCUCUCCAUCAACCCGUUUAUUAUUCCCGCCUUCCCAACCCCACUAUUAACUGCGUCCGUCCAAGCCUCGGAUCUGGGUCAGCCUCUGGGCACCAGCCUCGUCCACUACCCCACUUCCUACGACAGUGCACUACGCCAUCGGCUGUACCCUGUGUCAACGUGGCACAGCCAGCCCACCUACGCCACCGCCCACGUCCCGGCCUACCAUCGGAACAACAAACUGUAGCCCCCCCAUGGACCCUCAGAGACUUGCCAUGUUUGGAGAGCCGUGCGAGGGAGGUGCAAGGCCCAGGUCUGCAGCGUUUCGAUAUUUUGAUUCCUCUGCUUUUUUGAGCUCUUAUUUAGGACCUGACAAAACAGGACCAUAUGACUUUUUUUUUAAACCGGUCAAAAGAUGAACUGUCUUUGUAUCUGACAUGUAUGCAAAUAACUUGCGCUUAAAAAAAAAAAAAACCUUAGAGGGAACAAAGUUCUUAUAAACAGAGAUUUAUAUCUGUGCAUGGCGUGGCCCUAAUUUCCUUCUAAUUUGCUCAUUCUCCAUAAGCUGCUUCAGAUGCUGCUGGCAUAUACAAGGGACUAGUCCUCAAGAGAGUCAUACGUGCUAUGAUGUAGAGGUGGAAGAGGGAAAUGAGUAAAACCCGGUUUAAUGACCAACACGUGGCAUUCUGGAUGUGACUUAAGCCUGUGUAAUAAGCUCCAGGUGUUGCUUAACCCCAUAGGAAAGAACGUGCGUCUGUCUGAAGAGUAGGUUACAGGAACAAUCAACAUUUAAAAAAAAAAAA